AUGAGUAAUGAUAUUGGGAAAAUUCCUCUAGGCCCAAAGUGCUAUUUCAGUGUGGGACGGUGUUCGGGUUUUACGGGUGGUGCCAUACUCACAGGCAAAAGAACUACCAGAAGUUGAUACUUCCUCGAGGUUUUUUGGGAAAACAGCACUGCACUGGACAAUAUCUAAAGAGCAGCCAUGGAGGACGGCAGUGCUAACAAACCAAACGUUACACCAUUUUCGAUAACUGACAUACUGAACCGCCAGGACAUCCAAGGUAUAAAUAAUAACAGCUCAAGUCUCUGGGAGCGAAGAGUAGGUCUAGAUCAUCACCAAUUGCCAAGCUUUAUGCCAUCAUCACCAUACUUGCAUGGUCAUUAUAGUUUCCAGCCAUUUGUUCCGUGUGCGAAUUACACAGCAUAUCCUACACAACCAGUGGCAAGUUCAUCGAAAAAUACCACGCAGUCAAAAGGAAGUAACGACGAAGAAAGUACGGCCGAACGAUGCGAAGCUGCGAAGGAUCAAAACUCUCCUGAAAGAGAAAGCAACGACACCUCAACCUCGAAUCAACAACAGCAGACCAAACCGCGCAAGAAGAGAUCACGAGCGGCAUUUUCUAAUCAGCAAGUCUUCGAGUUAGAAAGAAGAUUUGGUCAUCAAAAGUAUCUAUCAGGCCCGGAAAGAGCUGACCUCGCAACAGCUUUAAAACUAACAGAAACUCAAGUAAAAAUCUGGUUUCAGAACCGAAGGUACAAGACGAAGCGCCGACAACUCGCGUUGGAGAUUUGUCCCCCAAGCGCAGCUAAAAAAGUUGCAGUAAGAGUACUCGUGCGCGAUGAUCAAAAACAGUACGACGAUUUGCCGCUUCCUACAUUACCUACAUUACCUAUUCCUUCAUAUAUGCCGAGUUUUUCUGCUGCAUAUGGACUGUGCUGUAUAGAUCCUACAGUUCAACCACACUUUCUAUAGCAGAGCUUCAUAUAUUCGUUCUGUUCUUUCACGUCAACACAUUUUGAUUGAAAGAAACAGAUUUAGAAGAUAUUACUGCCUAAUAUACGCACUGUAAGGCGCAGGAAAGAUCUAUGGGAAAUAUUCAAGUGUUGUAUUCCUCAGAUGAACACUCGAAUCAGUCCAGUUUUGAGAUAACUUUCAAUUUCUCUUCGCCACGGAAAUGUAUAACACUCAUGACAAGAGCAUAUUAAUGUGGAGUGGAUGGUUCUCCACAAGUUUACUUACUUCAUCAAUUUCGAUUGCUAGAGUAUUAGAUCUUUAAUUAACUCUAAUCCAAGAUUAGAAGUCGACAGAACCUUUGUAGUGUAGUUAGGAUUUAACUCUAGGUGGUUGAGUUUAGUUCAAUCGUUUGGAUUAGUAUAUAGGAUGAUGAGAUACCUGAAGUAGUCUGUACAAUAAACGAUCAUAGAUCACGGUUGUUGCUAGGUAAAGUAGUUCAUAAAUGUUAUCCCUCUCUGCUAAUUGAGUGUCGGCAUCUUAUCUCAAGUUUUCUCAUUUGGCUAGAUGACAGUUUUAUUCUCAAACAUCAUCGCAGGAAAUUAUUUAUAAAAGUAUUUUAGAGAGGGUAAGGUUAGGGUCCUAAGAAAGAAUCCGAUUUAUGUCUUAAGGGGGAAGAGACUGAUUAGAGCUCAAGAACUUAGCUGUCUCUCAAUAUGUACAUUAUGAAGUACAAAAAUUCGUGUUGAUUAUUUGAGUUUCUUUUCGAAGUACAGUAAAUCAAAGUAGUGAAAGAAAUCACUAUAUGAUUGUGCAUGUCAUUAUGACUAGUUGGAUCACAAUAAAGCAAAGCAUCACUAGA